CCACAGCAGGCUUGGGGGAAGACAGUCUAUGGCCACCUGGGUGGUCGCCAGACAAAGAGUCUGGCACACAAGGUACAGUCAGAGUUGGCACGCCUCUGAGCCAGGGGAAUCACGGCUUACAUCUUCCCUGAUGGUGUUUCAAGAAGCCGCUAGUUGGGUUGACCACAUCCAUCUCUUGGAGGUCAGACCCGCGGUUGAAAACUAGACAAAAGAUCGUCUGGUUCCAGCAGAAGGGUUCGUGGCCUAGGAUGGCACAGUCCAAGGCCUCAGACCAGUGUCUUAGAAGCCGGAGGAGCGACGGGGCACCCAGCAUAGAGCCCCUGUGAGUUUCUACGGGACCCUGAGGCUCAGAGACCACCCACAUAAGACAAGUGCCACUCAGAAACCAUGGAGACGGCAGUGAUCGGAAUGGUGGCAGUGCUCUUUGCUGUCACCGUGGCCAUCACCUGCGUCCUCUGCUACUUCAGCUACGACUCGAAGACCCAAGACCCAGAGAGAGGGCCCAGGAGCAGCUUCACCGUGGCCACUUUUCACCGGGAAGCCUCGCUCGUCACAGGGCGUGGUCUCCAAGCCCGGCCCCUGCCGAGAGCCCAGAACUUCUGGACUGUCGUGUGAGGCUGGCGGCCCCUAAGCAGUCGGUCGUUCCGCUAGUGGGUCAGGCCCGCCUACCCCUUCAGCAAGCGUUGUCUGGUGUCUCGCUCCUCCCAGGCCUCCAUAUUUGUCUUUCUAUGUUCCAUAAACUUCUUGCAUUUUUCCCUUUCUGUUGGCUCUGCCCUGUGUCCUGGGUAAACUGGGAUCAGGUGUGAGUUACCUCUAAGCUGGGCCCUACUCAUCACAAUGGGGCUGAGGAGCCUGAGGAGGUGUGGACAGACACUGUGUGGCAUUCUAUGGUGGGGCGGCUCCAGCCAGCUAUGGAACCUCACUCCAGGUUAGUUUAGCACCCAGUCUGCAGGAUGCUUGAGACAAAGUCUACUUGCCACCCAAGGAACCAGCGCCCCCAAGUGGACAUUUGGGUGAACUACUUCUUGUUUGUUUGUAUUUUUGGAUGCCCUGUGCCGCCCAACCCUGAGACUUGCUCCUUAAUCAGCCCUGAAAUUCUGACACCAGAGAGCUGUUUUCUGGGAACAAGUGACUUAUUUUAUAAUUGCAAAUGUAUAUCCUUUUAUGGGUCUUUCCAAAUCUGCUUUGGAAAACCACAAAAGGAAGCAGAAUAGAAAAAGAGCCACAGAAAGCACAAGGUGUUUGUUUCAUUACCAGGAAGGCCACCGAGAAGACUUUAAACACGUUUUGAACAAGACUUGCUUUAUUGCUAUAGUCCAACAGACCGCGUCUAUUCUUAGCAGACGUGAGCGAUUUGCGUCACUUAGGAAUGAUAGAAACAUCGUGAACUGAAAGAUAAUUCCAAAAAAGUUAAAUGUUGCUACGUUUCAGCACAGGGAAAGAAGUU